GCAGCUAUACACAGACGAAAUAUAUAUAUGAGCUUGUUUGAGUUUGCUUGAGGAAGCGAAAUGUUGUAAAGCAUAAAAAGAUUGAGGGAAUUUCUUACAUGAAGUCAAGAGAGCACCUGAAGACAUUUACAAAUCUUGUGACUGAUCAAAAUUCUAAACCCUGUGAACAUCACCGAUGUCAGAGCUUGAACAAAAGCUGAUUUGAUUGGCUGUGAACAUUAAAUGCAGUUGUCGGACACUUUUUCUGUGUAGUUUUCAUACAUAACUGAUAAUCAGUAUGAGCCAGUACUACCCUAAACUGUGUGGGUUGGUUAUAGACCAUGGGGCACAGGCUCUGAGGAAUUAUAUACAAAACAACAUUGUUGAUGUGUGGAUACAGCAACAGCAGGGUCAGCAGCAGCAGCAACAACAACAACCAUCUUCAAAUCAGCCAUCUCAAGUGCUACUUCAGCAGCAACAGAAUUUACAGCAAUUUCUCCAGGCAAAGAAAUACAUCUUAGAUCAGCUGUACAAAAACAAAAAGUUGCUCAAGAAACAUCAGUACGACCUUCUGUUUCCACGGCAGCAAAACCAACAACAGCAGCAGCAGCAACAACAAAAAAAACAACAGCAACAACAAUCCAAUCCCAACAUUGCAGAGUUUGACAUCACUCUCCUCUUUUUUCUAAUCCGUCAACUCCACCCCAACCCUCCCUUCCAGCCUAACAGCAAGGAAUGGGAUGUCCCUGCUAUGGCUAAAGGAAAACCUGGUCUUACCGCCGACCUGGAGGCAGCCAUACACAUCAAAAUGUACAGAAACAAAUUUGCCCAUCCAAAAUCAACUGACAUGACACAAAAAGACUUUGAGGCAUCAUGGGCAGAGAUAUGCCAGCAUAUCAUACAGCUGGGGGUGCCACAGUGUGACCUUGAUGCCUUGAAGGUCAAAUCCCUUGACCCAGCUUUGGAGAGAUCAUUCGUGGAAAGAAUCAUAACCCAAGAGAAAGAGGAUGCAGAAAUAAAAGCAAUCCUGUCACAGAUUUUGGAGCUUCUCAAACCAAAUCCCUUCGCUUUACCACCACCAUUACAAACCACAGAGCGAACUAUCAACCAGGCAGCAGAACUGACAGAGGCUCAACUGCAUCAACUCCAACUAAAACUGGCUUCCCUGUAUCAGAAACGCUACAGUCGUAUUCCAGUGAUCCCUUUUGAUCCAAAAGAAACCAUGGAUAUUGAACAAAUUUAUAUUGAGUUAAGACUCCUGAAAGAUGCCAACUCUACUUUGGGACAUUUUUUCAAACCAAAUAUUGUUCCACUGAAUUCUUACUUGGAUUUGUUUGAAAUAGAAAAUGGAAAAUCUCCUCGGCGAAUUGUUGUGCGCGGUGAACCAGGAAGUGGCAAGACAACCCUCUCUAUGAGAAUUGUGACCCACUGGGCAAACAGAAUUCUGUAUCUUUAUAAAAAUGAACAAUCUCAAUGUCAGUCCAAGGAAAAUGAAACCUUUAAAGACAAACUACUCAAUAUCUUCAAACCUUCAAAAGAUACACCACCAAGUUUGCAGAUGACAUCACUUGACCAGUUCCUGCUCAUUCUUCCAAUUUACUUAAGAAAUGUCCGGGAAAAUAUGACUUUCCCUGAGAUUUUAGAUGAGAACAUAUUCCAAGAGGCUGACUUGGCACCCACGGGAAUCACAUUGCAGGACAUAUGGCAAUUUAUUAACUCUAACCCUCAGAGUGUGCUGUUGGUGUUAGAUGGUUACGAUGAACUGAAAAGUGGCUCAAAUGCUGACCUUGAAGGUAUCAUACAGGACAGUAAAAUGAGAGACAUGACCAUCAUCACUACCACUCGCAACUGGAAGGCUGAGUAUCUUGCUGAUAAAACAAAGACUGAUGUUCAUGCUGAAAUUGCUCCAAUGAGCAGAAAGCAUGUGCAAGAACUAACAUGUAAAUACUUUUCUAUUCUAGCAACUGCAAUUGAAUUCAAACAUGGGUGCUGGAGAAAACAGACAUUUACAAAGGAUAUAAAUGAGUAUGCAUCAUUAAUAGCUGCAUGCAAAUUUCUCAACUUCCUUGAAGCAAACUCCAUGGCUGAGAAGAUCACACCACUAACUUUGUUAUACACUUGCCUUCUGUGGCAAAAUGGUGAAGAAAUCCAUGUACCAACAACCAAAGCUAAACUCAUUUCUGCAGUGCGUGAAUAUAGUUUGUUGCGUUACUGUGAAGCCCAACCUGAUCCAAGCAAAGCAAAGGAAGAGGUGAAAAAAGAGAUCCUCCCAAAACUUCAAAAGAUGUUUUUUGACAGUGUUCUUGAAGACAAGUUUGUUUUCAGCACUGAAGAGAUUGAUGAUGAAAGACUCUUCAGUGCAGGUCUGAUAACUCAAGAAGUACGAGUUAAACCAAUUUUACCUACUUUAUCAUCUGGUGAAGAAGAGGGGCAGUGGGGGAGAUACAAAUGUAAAUAUUAUGAACCUGUUUAUCUAAGAACAGCAGUUGAAAGUCAUGCAGCAGACUACUUUGUGCAAAGAGCUCUACAAAAUAGCCAAGACCCUCAUGUUCAGAAAUUCUUAAGGUACAUCAAAUCUGAUGAAGGAAAACUGCGCUUGGGGAAAGUAACUGAAUUUAUUUUGGAACAGGCACCAAGCCUUUCUGAGCUAUUUGAAUGAGAGUAUGAAAUUAAUUUUAAUUGUAACAGUGGCAGAAAUCCCUUUCCACUUUUCUACAGUGCAACAAACAUGAUAAAUGUAGGGAAAACUAAAUUAAGUUCUUUAAAACAUCUAUUACUGGAUGGGCAAUUUAGUUCAAUUGACAACACUGCAGCAUCUCUGCAGUGACUUCAGCCAGUCAACAGAGAGGAAUUAUUCUGACUUAUUAUGUAACGAGCACCUGGAGUCACUGUUUUGUACCAUUUUUGAUAAAAUACCAUGAUUCAUUUAGACUACCAUGUCUCCCUGGCAUUUCAGAAGGGAAACCCCAUAUCAAGUGCUUAAAUCUGAGGGGUUUUAUCAUUUUAAGGUAUGAAUUAAGAAAUAUAUGGAGCUCUAAGGGCAUUCAGACAUAAAAAUGACCUUGGCCCAUUAAAAAUGUGUAUAUAUUAUAUCUUUAAGUGUUUUACCUUAACAACCCCUAAAUC